AAGGGGCUGGGGAAAUCCAAUGGGGAAGGCGCCUCUGCGUGGCUAACCCCGCCCACCUCUCCCUGCGCAUCUUCCCCGGCGCCGCGCCGUGCCGUGGCGAGCCGGGCCGGGCCGCGGGGCUCGCUGCGGGAGCUGGAGAGACGCGUGGAUGGGCAGCUCCGCGCCGGAACCAGCCGCGGCCCCCGCCCCAGAACAUAGUGAGACAAAAAGGAAAGUAGCUUUAAAACAGCCUUCAGUCCUAACAAGAGACUGGCCAAGAGGAUCUGAAACAGCUCCCAUGGAUGGCAGGCUCAAAUCGGACUUGCUAAGCUGGAGGUAGACUCCCUGCUUGUGGAUCAAGGUACUCCUUCUUACUUGCUGAGACAAAAUAUUUCUAGAAGUGCCAUCUCUGGAAGCUGCUCUUUCCAGAAAUGACAUUUCAAUGUGAGUUUAUCAGCAUAACCAUAAUCUAUAGACAUGCUGUUGCAGAGAAGGAAGUACUUCUGGAACUGAUACAGGUCUUAAGGAGGAACUUUGCAUCACUACAGGUGCAAUGUAAUCUUAUGGGUUAGUGCCUCGGAAGCCAGCAACAGAACUACUGUGUUCAAAAUGGUUUAUGGUGAAUUUUUCCAUAGACCUGGGAAAGAUGAGGAACUUAUCCACUUGAAUGUGGGUGGCUUUAAGCAAUCAGUUGAUCAAAGUACUUUGCUCCGAUUUCCCCAGACCAGACUUGGAAAACUGCUCAAAUGCCAUUCUGAAGAGGCUAUCCUGGAACUGUGUGAUGAUUACAGUGUUGCAGACAAGGAAUAUUACUUUGAUAGGAACCCUUCUUUCUUUAGAUAUGUUUUGAAUUUUUACUAUACAGGUAAACUGCAUGUCAUGGAGGAACUUUGUGUCUUCUCCUUCUGCCAGGAAAUAGAGUACUGGGGGAUCAACGAGCUGUUCAUUGAUUCUUGCUGUAGCAAUAGGUAUCAAGAAAGAAAAGAAGAAGGUCAAGAUAAGGACUGGGAUCAGAAAAGCAAUGACAGAAGUAUAGACUCUUCCAGUGAAGAAUCAUCCAUAUUUGAAAAAGAGCUGGAGAAAUUUGAUAAACUGUGGCUUGGUGAAAUACGAAAGAAAGUAUGGAUCAGAAUGGAAAACCCUGGGUACUGCUUAUCAGCCAAGUUAAUUGCAAUUUCCUCCCUGAGCGUAGUGCUAGCAUCAAUUGUAGCCAUGUGCAUCCACAGCAUGCCAGAGUUCCAAAGGUGGGAUGACAAUGACAGAGAGAUUGAAGACCCUGUUUUGGAAGCCGUGGAAAUAGCAUGUAUCGUCUGGUUCACCGUCGAAUUAGCGAUAAGGCUUGCCGCAGCUCCAAGUCUAAAGAAGUUCUGGAAAAACCCUCUCAACAUCAUAGAUUUUGUCUCUAUUAUUCCAUUUUAUGCUACCUUGGCUGUGGACACAAAGGACGAAGAAAGCGAAGACAUUGAGAAUAUGGGGAAAGUUGUUCAGAUCCUACGGCUAAUGAGGAUAUUUCGCAUCCUGAAACUGGCAAGGCACUCUGUAGGACUGCGGUCUUUAGGUGCCACUUUGAGACAUAGUUACCAGGAAGUUGGACUUUUGCUUUUGUUUCUGUCUGUCGGGAUUUCUAUAUUCUCAGUUUUGGUCUACUCAGUGGAAAAAGAUGAUGAUGAGUCAGAACUGCACAGCAUCCCGGUCUGCUGGUGGUGGGCAACUAUCAGCAUGACCACUGUCGGCUAUGGAGACACUUUCCCGGUCACCCUACUGGGAAAGUUCAUUGGUAGCAUUUGUAUUCUCUGUGGAAUAUUAGUGGUGGCCCUUCCAAUCACUAUAAUUUUCAACAAGUUUUCUAAAUACUAUCAAAAGCAAAAGGAUAUUGAUGUAGACCGGUCCAACAGUGAUCACAAAGAGAAAUGUAAUGAGCUACCUUAUUUUAACAUUAGGGAUAUUUAUGCAAAAAGGAUGAACUCCUUCAUUUCUAGCCUUUCUUCAGUAGGGAUUAUAGCCAGCGAUCAAGAUUCAACAGAUGCCUCCAGCAUCCAAGAUAUUGAGGAUGUUUAUAACACAACAUCUGUAGAGAAUGGUACUGGAAAAUGAGUUGAAUCACUUUCUCUUUCCUUUAUUUCUGUUUUCAGAUAUUUGGUUGAUGCAGAUUUAUAAACUCCAGUGAAUUUAAGAGCACUUAAUUCUCAGGGUACUUAACUGUCAGCCAUAUUUGGACAUUCUUUGCUCUCAUGUUGUCACACAAGCUUUAUUGUUUAGAUGAGGCUUAAAAAUAUACCUCAUAUGGCAAUUUAGUUUUCACAUGACUAGUUCUAUGCAUUUUGGAAGUGUGGGGUGGAAAAAACUGAAAAAUGGUAUAAAUUAAAUGCAAGUCUAAUGUUU